AUGGGUGAAAGCAAUAGAGUUAGGGUUUUGAAGAGAAAGGAAUGGGGUAUGAAGAAGAAAGAAAGAGAUGGAUUCUAUUUGAUAAGAGAAAGUCAAAGAGAGAGAUUGGAAUUGAAUCCAGAAGUUGAAACCGGGCGAGGAAAGAAUCAAGAACUAUCAUUUGCAAGAGCCGGAGAUACACGUUGGAGUUCUCAUGAAAAAACACUUCUUCGUUUGCUUGCUUUAUAUCCUACUGUUAUUGACGUGCUCGAAUAUAUAGAAACUUUGGGAUUUGAUUGUGUUCACAAAAGUCAAGCAGAUGGACUUCAAAUAUACAUGAAAUCUUUUAAAUUCGUAUAUUAUUUACACUUGAUGAAACACAUCUUGGGAGUUACUAACACAUUGUGUGUUGCUCUUCAAAGAAAGGAUCAAGAUAUAUUGAAUGCGGUUGGGAUGGUUAAAUCAACUAAAGAAGAAUUACAAAGGUAUAGGCUUGAAGGUUUUGACUCACUUUUGAAAGAUGUCGCUUCCUUUUGUGACAAGUAUGAGAUUGAAAUGGUAAACAUGGAAGACGAGUAUGUUGACCCGAAACAUCGGAGAAGGAAAACUAACAUCACCAAUCGUCAUCAUUAUGAGGUUAAUAAUUUCAACACGGUUCUCGAUAUGCAAAUUCAAGAGCUUGGAAACCGUUUUAGUGAGGUAACCACUUUGUUGCUUACAUGUAUGAGUUCUUUGAUCCCGUGUCGUAAUUUUAGUGCCUUUAAUAUAACAAACUUGCUAAAGUUGGCCGAUUUAUAUCCGUAUGAUUUUAACUUUGAUGAAAAAGACAAUCUUAAAUAUGAACUCGGACACUACAUUGUUAAUGUGAAAGAAGAUGCGCGGUUUGCCAACAUGAAUGGAGUAAGUGACCUUGCCAAAAAGAUGGUGGAAACAAGAAAACAUAUUGAUUAUCCGUUGGUCUAUCGUUUAAUAAAGUUAUCACUAGUUUUACCGGUUGCAACGGCUAGUGUGGAAAGAAGUUUUUCUUCAAUGAAGCAUGUGAAGACGGAAUUGCGCAAUAGGAUGGGUGAUGGAUACAUGAAUGAUUCUUGCAUUUGUUACAUUGAAAAAGAGUUCUUUCAACAAGUUUCCAUCGACGAUGUAAUGCAACGUUUUCAAAAGAUGAAAACUCGUAGGGAGCAACUAUAA